UUUUAAUAGUCAUUUUUAAAUAGGUGAUAAACAAUGAUAAAAAAAUGUAAUCCAUAUGAAAAAAUAUACCGAUAAAAACCAUUCCAUGUGUGAUCACAAACCGCUGUCGGUUUGGAAAUAUCGCGACAUAAAGUCGUUCAGGAUAGUGGAAAAAUUGUGUUGAAUCCAGGAAAAGAUGAAUUUCAAGCAACUCUUUAAAGAUUAAAGUCCGAACAUUAUCGAUACUGCAAAGAGACGAUGACAAGUGCGUUGAUUCUCUCGAACUGUUGUAAACCCAAGUACCUAACCUCUCUGUUGAAGCCCAUCAAAGCCUCUCACAUUCGCAGAUACUCCUUCAAAUCGGUAUUCAAGAUGCACGAGGCCUACUUGUGGCAUGUGGAAGGCGACGAGACAUUCAACUUCACCUUCAGGUACACCCAGGCAGACCUGAAUGUCGACAGACAGUUCAACCUGUCUCGACGAGUGAACGAGAAUGUGGACGUCUUCCUCAAGAGAGUUGACACUAACCUGGGUAAGGUUCUGGAUAAGAAAAAGAAGAAAAGAUCGAGAAAGACUCAGGAGCCGUUGGAGACGAGGGACAACGUGGAGGAGGGAAAAAUAAUGUUACUGAAGGGUGAAAAUAAAGUCGAGUGGGAGAUGCCCUGUUCCAGGCUCAUCGCAGACCCCCGGGAUCUCUUUCUCAUGAUUUUCGAUGAAAAAUACGUCAUCAAGUUCAAUGCUCCUUGGGUCACUGACAUCGAGCUGCCUACCUGCAUUCUCGCUGGAUUUCCAGUUUAUCCUUCAACCUUCGAUGCCAUGUACACAGAUAAAUCUCACUCCAGGUUCAGGUGGUACAGGAGUCGAAUACCGAAAAGCGAUAACUUGAAGAAAGAGGCAGAAUCCUGGGAGAUCAUUGGUGAAGGAUUCAUUUAUGUGCCUAGGAGUGAGGACAUUGGUUGCAGAUUAAGACUUUCCUGUGUUCCUGGAAAUGAGAAUCAACUGGGACCUGAGGUUCAGGUCGAGGGAAAAUCCACUGUCGAGGCGGGACCUGGAGCCUGUCCCUUUGAAAUUAGGCAACAGUUUACGAAGAAUAAAUUGUCCGGAAAAGAUUUCAGGAUAACGUCAUACAAUAUUUUAGCGGACACUUAUGCAGACUCAGACUACUCCCGAACGGUUUUGUUCCCGUACUGCCCCCCAUAUGCCUUAGCAAUUGAUUAUCGAAAGUUGUUGAUAGUUAAAGAAUUGAUAGGAUACAAGUCAGACAUUCUAUGUCUGCAAGAGGUCGACAAAAAGGUCUAUGAGAAAGACAUAGUCUCAGCCCUAGCUUCCGUGAAUUACAACGGAAUAUUCGCUGCGAAGGGAGACACAGCUGAGGGACUGGCCGUGUUCUACGACCAAAACCGCUUCCAACUUUUAGACAAUAAGUGCGCCAUCAUGAGCAAAAAUGUCGAUUUGAAUGAAUCCUUCAAAAGAGUUUGGGCUCAAGUACAGAAUGAAAACACGAGGCAACGAUUUUUAGAUCGAAAUACUUCUCUGUUGAUCGUUACGUUACAAUCUAGGGAUAAUCCAGACGAAAUUUUGGUCGUAGGAAACACACAUUUGUAUUUUCAUCCCGAUGCCGAUCAUAUAAGGCUGUUGCAGGGUUAUUUCGCACUGACAGAGUGUCAAAAUACCGUUGAAUUCACGAAAAAAAUGCAUCCAGACAAAAAUGUAAUAUUAAUUCUCAGUGGAGACUUCAAUAGUAGUCCUGGUGACGCCAUUUACGAAUUGAUGACGAAAAAAUAUAUUCCUGAGGAUCACUUUAAUUGGAAGUCAAAUCCUGAGCAGAUAAUCGAAAACGUAUCUCUCUCCCACGAUUUGUCCCUGGGAAGUGCCUGUGGAACUCCAGAAUACACAAAUUUUACCGUCGAAUUUGCUGAUUGCCUGGAUUACAUUUUCUACCAGACGGAUAAACUUGAAGUGACACAGGUGGUUCCAAUGCCCAGUAAAGAAGAGCUCUCGUUGCACGGGGCAAUUCCUUCUAUUGUGUUUCCCAGUGAUCAUGUGGCUAUUUGUGCUGACCUUAGAUGGACCUCAUAAUGAGGUUGUGUAUCCAACAAUUCUGUACAUAAUGAGGAUAGUUUUAUUCUAAAGCGUCAAUUCCCUGGAGGUAAACCACUGCCAAAAUACAACAAACAGAACCGAUGCUCCAAACGCACUUCAUUAUUGUCCUGGAGAGCUCGAGAGCAACUAAAAAAUUAUCCACGCCACUCUCUGUUUUUAUUUAAUCUAGUGCAGCCAUAUGAAGCGAAUAAUAACGGCAAUGAAGUGCCUAUGACAAAUUGCGUGGAUUUAAUCAUUGUCAGAACAAUAAAAUGGUAACAGACGCACAAGUCGCGAACAAUAAAUGAAUAUACGUCAUUCUGUAAGAGGAAUGAUCGAUCAUUUAGGGUCUGAGUGGCGAAUAGACAAGAAACUUCGUGGAGAUCCGAGAAAUUUACUUUGAUAAUUUGAUAAAUUUUGAGAAACGCGAUUUUUUUUGUGAACCCUUUACUGGACUGUUCACAUGAUUCCACCGAUUUCAGAAUCGGCCCACUAGUACUCGAUUCAAAAUGUCUAUGCCGUCGAUUAACAAGCCAAGUCAGCUAAAAUUCCUCUUAAUUAAUGAUUAUUGAGGAAGUGGUCAAUUAUAAGACGAAUCGGGGGUUUUCUGUGACCUUUUAAACCGUUUUCCGGAUUACAAAAAUGGUAUUUCCGCGUUUUUCGUAGUAUUUCUUACUAUUUUAAGUGAAUGUAGAGCAAUCGGAGGUGAGUCAUACCAAUCUAAGGCAUUUUAAGAGUUUACGUCUGAGAAAAUUUUAUCUCAGAGUGUUGCGCUUUAUUUAUCUCUCCAAUUAUCAUUAUCAAAAAAAAUGUGCUGUCAAAAAUCGAUUGGAAAAUUUUUCAACUGUCAUUUCAUCGAGAGGAAUUUCUAUCAUCCUUCAAUUUUAAGUUUUGUAUACCAAAAUUCAAGCUGCUUAUGGUUUAUUUCCCAAUGUAUUUUUUUUUUUGUAAAGCAAUUAAAAACAUAAAAAAAAAUUAAA